UAGAUGUAAUUUUUUUUAAGGCUGCCUGGUAUCUUUUAUAUUUACGUGUAAUUUAUCGAAUGCCGAUUGUGGAUGACGAGUUUAGCCAUCAACGCGUUGAAUAACACCCUUUCGGCGUAUUUACAUUCCAUUGUCGGCAAAUCUGUUUCCGUUGAACUUCGUAAUGAAUCUUCGGUCAGCGGCCGUCUAAGUGGUGUUGAUGGAUUCAUGAAUUUAGACCUGACGAAUGCAGUGUAUGUUACGCCAAACGGAACGACGCAGAAUUUUGAAGAUUUCCAAGUGAGAGGACGCCAAGUCCGAUUCGUGCAACUCCCACCUUGUGCGAACCCUGAAGAUGAUCUGAAAAAAUACUUCGACGAGCAAAACAGGAAACGACUUCUCUCGAAGGUCGCUAGUUUGCAGUCUAGUGGGAAUUCCAGGUUGCUGAAGGAAACUCGUCUGAUGCGCGAUGAGCUGAAAAGAGAAUUCUCAAAGAAGAACUGA